AUGGGGAAAAAGUUAACAAAGAAGAAAAAAACCAAGAAGCCAAACCAAAAGACUAGUAAUUCUAAUAGAAACAAUGAAGAACUUGUAGCUGAUCAUAAUGACAACGCAUUGGGAGACAAAAGAUCCAUAGAAGAUUCUAAAGAAGAAAUAGAAGGCCCCAUAAAAGAUUAUGCACAUGAUCAUAUCAACAGUUUACACGAUGAGAUCCUUUCGUAUAUAGUUUCACUUUUACCAUUAGAAUUUGCAUUUAAAACCAUGAUUCUUUCCUCCAGAUGGAGAGACUUAUGGACUCAUUGUACCAGAGGUAUGUAUGUUGAUAAUGAUGAAAAAUCCGUAGUACCAGAUGGAAGAAGUAAACAAGUAACGGCGGGACUGGAAGAUACAGGUGAAGAAGACGACAUUGUUUCCAAGGUGGUAGAAAAUGAUGGCGACAUUCUGAAGGAAAUACAUGAUGGAGCUAAAGUAGACAAAGAAUAUGAGAAUUUGAAGGCUAUCGUCAAAUUUCUACAGUCUUAUGGUGAGCAAAAAUUUAACAGGGCAGAGGCUGAGAUAGCUCGAUUCUUUUUCUUCCCAUCCAUUGAGGGAGAGAAUAAACUUGUCAGUGUAGAUUUUUCUAAGGAACAGGCAAAACCCCAGGGUAAGAAUCUUACUUUGAAUUUGGUAGUGGAUUCACGACCUACCAAGAAUCAAAUUCUCCUUCCUACUACUACAUUAGCCUUGUACACAGUCAAGACUCUUCAUUUAAGAUUUGUGAGAAAUCUUACUGGAGAUACUGCUUCCACUUUAAUAUCAAGAUUUUAUCAUCUUGAUAGUCUGGUUAUUACGGAGUGCAGCGACAUAAAAAUACUCACUGUCAAAUGUCGUGGACUUCAUCACUUGACAGUGUUGGAUUGCCCAAAUUUGAGUAAACUCUAUGUUUCUGUGUCUUACCUCGAAUUCUUUCGGUAUCGUGGGACAAGGAUUCCUUGUCUUGAUUUGAAGGCUAGGUUGACUGAUGUUAUGCUUGAGUUCCAGAAUGACAAGGACACAACUGGCUUUCAGAAAUUCAUCAAGGAACUAACUAUUCGACAACGAGCAAUCAAGACCCUUACUCUUCGUGGUACGCUUUUCCAGAAGCAGAUCCAACCUCCAGGUUGGUUAAUGAAGGAUGCCAACAGACCUUUUAAUAUGGAGGAGUUGUGCUGGAUUGUUACAUCCCCUAUGAAUAAUUCGAAGCUGCAGUACAUUGAAUCCUUCCUGAAGAUUUGUUCCGGCUUACAGAGGAUAUUCUUCUAUAUGAACCAUACUGCCAGCAAUGACGCUGAAACCGAUUCAAUAGAGUUGUUGAUGAAUUGGGCUAGUUUGCGGUCAAAGCCCCACAAAACCUGUAUGGGUAAGACUACUCGCAAGAUUCAAGAUCUUGAACUGAAUCAUCUCCAGAGCAUUAAGCUAACAGAUUUCAAAGACGAAGAUGAUGAAUUAUAUGUGAUUAAUCAUAUACUCAAAGAUGUAAAAGAUAUCAUGAAGCUAAAGAUAAUUGCAACAUCGGCAAAGAAUGGUACACGACACUUGGUUAAAGAUACUCAGGAAGAUUCAAAUGAUUAUGUGUUUCUUGAACAAGAGGAAACUUGUACGUUACAUCCUAAGGUACACGAUUAUAUUUGUUGGCAAUGA